AUGAGUAAGAGACAGAAACCCACAGUGCAGAGGAGAGACACACUGAGCUGUGGUUCACAGGGCCUCACCAGACUGCCCCUCCUUCUGCCCCCCACCACCACUACCCUGGACCUCAGCUACAACCGGCUGGGCUGGCUGGGCCCCGGCAGCUUCUCCAACCUGCCCAAACUGGACACCCUCCGCCUGGCAAACAAUCAGCUCACGACCCUGGGCCAUGGGGUCUUCAACAAUGCCUCCAGCCUCCGCCACCUGGACCUGUCCUCCAACAGGCUGCGGGUGCUGGAGCAGCACUUUCUGCAGGGUCUGUGGAGGCUGGAGGAACUGCUGCUCUACAACAACCGUAUCACCCGCGUAGAGGGCGGGACGCUGAGCGGUCUGAGCAGCCUCAGGAAGGCCUACUUCAGCCUGAACCAAAUCACAGAAUUCCCUUUCUUUUCUAUACAGGACCACAGUCAUCCGUUUCUCACCAUGCUGGACCUGUCCUCCAACCGUCUGACCACGCUACCCUGGGAGGAUAUGAAGGCUCUGCCGGGGUCAGUGCAGAAGGGGUUGUACCUCCAUAACAACUCUCUGGUGUGUGAGUGUUCCAUGUACAGUGUGUUCUGGCGCUGGGAGCAGAGGGGCUUCGACUCUGUCAGGGACUUCACAGACGAGCACACCUGUCUGAUUUACGGCGAGCCGCGUGCCUCAGUCCGAUUCCUCCGACACUCCCUCUACUUCCAAAACUGCACGGUGGGGAAGGUGGUCUCUUUGCCUGUGGCUGUUUUCCUCUCCAACCUCAUGGUGAACGAGGGGGAGAGGGUCCGUCUGGACUGCCAAACCUCCCUCCGAGGUAAAGAGCUGUCAUACACGUGGGUCUCGCCCAAUCAGGAGUACCUGACCCAGACGAGCUUCAACGACACCCUCAUCAACGUGUUCCCUAACGGGACCUUGGAGAUCCCAGCAGCCAAGGUAAACGACUCGGGAGUCUACGUGUGUACGGCCCUGGACUACAAACACAUGCUGAAUGCAACCAGGGAGGUGAAUGUCACCGUGGUCCACGCCAUGCCUGACACCUUCAACACGGGCUACACCACCUUGCUGGGUUGUGUGGUCACCCUUGUAAUCAUCCUAAUGUACCUCUACCUAACGCCCUGCCGCUGUGGGUGCUGUAAGCAGCCCCUGCCCCCGGCCAUCCCCAUCCCAGCCUACGACCCAGACACCCUGGCCUCCAUCUUCUCCCCCUCACUGAGCCACAGGGACCCAACCAAGGCCAGCAUCAACAAGCACGUGGUGUUCAUGGAGCCUCUGAUGGCCACGGAGCAACCAACGCUGCAGUGGGAGUGGGACACCAGUGGACUCACCUAG